AUGGCAGCGAGUCCGGCGAGUUACACGCACUCGUAUUUCGAGACAGCUCGAGACUUCAACCGCAGUACGCACCCUAAACCUUUUUUGCGCUUUCUCUUGUUUGGAACUGAGGUGUCGGCCGAAAUCGCAGACAUUGUGUGCACCCUGCGCCUCCUUCGCGACUUGUGGCAGUUUGUACGCGCUGGAAAGGUCUCAGGCCGCGCAGGGGACCUCUGUCGCUCGCACGUCUCCAAUUCGACGGCUGUUUUCUCCUCAAUGAGCGCUCCUUGCCGCAGAACUGUUUUGCUCUUUGGCAGCACCGGCGCCCUCGGCGGCGCCGUCGCCGACGCCUUCGCUGCAGCCAGAUGGAGAGUCAUUGGCUGCAGCACGUCGGGGCCCUCGAGCAAGCAAAACGGAGGAAACCGUUAUCCCUCAAAGUGGGCGUCGCCCCUCCCCCCGCACGCAAGGAUCGAAGUCCAGCCAUUUCCACAGAUGAGUCUGAAAGAGCAGGGCGAAGAAAUCGCCAGACAACUUCAGCCUCUGCUCUCCACAGGCCCCCCUCUGCACGCGGCGAUCUGCUGCAGCGGCGGCUUCGCCUGCAGCUCGGUUCAUUCGGAGAACUUUCUGAGUGAGGCUGAGCAGAUGCUUGAAGCGAACUGCCUGCCGGCGCUCCUCUGCGCGCACGCCGCCUCCGUCCUGUUUCGCAGCCGCAGCGCGACCGCCGCCCGCGAGGCGCCCCUCGUCGUCUUGACCGGCGCGGCUGCAGCCGUCCAGGGCGCGGGGGGCGCGAGGCCGACGCCGACGAUGCUCGCCUACGGCUGCUCCAAGGUGUACGUACACCACCUCGUGCAGUCGCUAGCCGCUACGGGCGUCGCCGCAGAGGCCCGGGGGGGCGACGGGCUCGCGCCGCAGAGUCCGUCGCUGCACUACCGCGUCGUUGGGGUGCUCCCCGCGAUCCUCGACACCGCCGCGAACCGCGCCGCCAUGCCGAGCGUCGCCGAGGCCACUAGAGAGAAUAAGUGGACAAAGUGCGACGACAUCGCGCGGAAACUCGUGGCCUGGGCGGACGGGGCCGAAGAGGCAGAAAACGGUGCGCUAUACGUUGUCAAAACUACCGGCGGAGCCACGGAAUUCCUCCCGACUUGCGGCUCUGAGCGCCGCACCUGA